AGGCAGGCGGGCACACUUUCCCCCCGCUGUACCAAAACAUUCGUGACUCCGCGCCAAAUGCAGCUUGCGCCCGACGAGCGCGCGUGAGUUCGUACUUCAAAUGGAGAUCGCGGAGGCAAGAGGAGCAUCCAAGUGCGUGGAGAAGAUGGAGAAAGAAGUGGCGCCCCAGAAGCGACAACGGUGCCGCGCGACUGCCGCGCUGAACAUAAUCUCGUCGUUGUGCUCCGUGGCGUCCAUCGCCUUUUGCAUUCUUCUGAGCAUUAACGCAGCUGACGUUAAGAACCGGGUCGUGGACUUGCAGAGCGGGAAUGACGGGCAAAGCCUCGUCCGCGCUCCUGGCUACUCCGUGGAUGAUUUAAAUUCAUUGAUCGACCGAAGAGUGGACGAGCUGUUCUCCCAGCGCUCCUAUGAGAAUCUUGUCAAGAUCCGGACUGCGCGACAAACGUCCCCUGAAUGCAGCUGCCCUCCAGGACCUCCGGGAAAGCGAGGAAGAAGAGGCCGGAAUGGAGAGCCAGGACCUCCUGGCCCUGAAGGUGCCAAGGGUGAAAAGGGGGAUCAAGGCGACCAGGGACCACGGAUGGUCUUCCCUAAGAUCAAUCAUGGCUUUCUUUCCGCUGACCAGCAGCUCAUAAAGCGACGGCUCAUUAAGGGAGAUCAAGGGCAAGCUGGACCACCUGGGCCACCUGGGCCACCGGGGCCUCCUGGGCCGAGGGGGCCUCCAGGGGACACGGGGAAGGAUGGACCCAGAGGUGUACCCGGUCUGGCAGGAGAUCCAGGGCAGCCUGGAGAAACAGGACUCAUGGGACUUGAAGGGCCACAAGGGGAGAAGGGUGUACUCGGGCCUCCCGGCAACCCCGGCGUUGAUGGACUGAAGGGGGAUGUUGGCAUCCCAGGAUUGGACGGUGUCCCCGGAGCCAAGGGUGAAAUGGGAGAGCGAGGUGAAAAGGGCGACAUGGGUGAAGAUGGACCGAAAGGUGAUAUCGGGGAAAAGGGUGAUGCAGGCUCCUCUGCAGCAGGCAUCAAGGGGGAACCUGGAGAGCCCGGACGAAGUGGACUAAAGGGAGAGCCAGGACUUCCAGGGCUGCCUGGACUCCCAGGGAUAAAGGGUGAGCCUGGGUUCCUCGGCCCCCAGGGGGAGCCAGGACUUCCAGGGCUCCCGGGAACUAAGGGAGAGAGAGGCGACCACGGGCCACAAGGGAAAGGUGAAAGAGGAGAACUUGGACCCCUUGGACCAAAGGGUUCACAGGGAGAGUCCGGUACACCCGGCCAUAAAGGCUCAAAGGGAGAGACUGGAGACAAAGGAGAACUUGGCUCUUCCGGUCCAAAGGGCCCCCCUGGACAGAAAGGAGACCAAGGGGCCACUGAAAUCGUUGACUACAAUGGAAACAUUCAGGAGGCUUUACAGAAGAUUACCACAAUUACAAUCACGGGUCCUCCUGGACCUCCUGGGCCGAUAGGACCUGCAGGUAUAAAGGGUGAUCGCGGGAUGCCCGGUCUGCCUGGACUCGAUGGUGAAAGAGGCUACAAAGGCUCUAAAGGAGACAUGGGAAUGCCGGGAGCUUCAGGAGAGAAAGGAACAAUCGGUUUAACCGGCCUGCCUGGUGUAAAUGGGGUAAAGGGGGACAGGGGAGAUUCCGGUCCGACCGGCCCUCAAGGUUCUUCAAUCGUCGGCUCUCCAGGGGCACCAGGGCCCCACGGACCCCCAGGACCCAUGGGCCCCCAUGGUUUCCCUGGAUCAAAGGGGGAACCUGGUAUGCAUGGCGUGAAGGGGAUUCGGGGAGAGGUGGGACACAAAGGGGAUCGUGGACCGUUGGGUCUCCCGGGAGCCUCCGGCUUGGACGGCAAGCCCGGAAUCAGGGGCAUGGAUGGGCCCACCGGUGCAGCUGGUCCAGCCGGGCCAAAGGGGGACAUAGGCGAGAGAGGAGUACCAGGUGAACCAGGACCGAGGGGACCUUAUGGACUCCCUGGAGCCGCUGGAACACCGGGCUUGGAUGGGUCGUCAGGCUUAAGGGGAGAGAAAGGCGACGUUGGGGAAAGAGGAGAAAAGGGGGAGAAGGGAAAGAAGGGCAAAAAAGGGCCUAAGGGCGAGAAAGGAGAACAGGGUGCCCCUGGAUUAGAUGCACCCUGCCCAUUGGGCCCGGAUGGAUUACCAAUGCCUGGAUGCUGGCAGAAGUGAUCACUCUAACCUGAAACGCAUGGAGUUUGUAAAUAAUGCUUCUUUUAUGGUAUUUAUAGUUUUUUUAAUGGGGAAAAAAUAUAUGUAAAAGAAAAAGAAGUCUAUGUGUACAACGAAACAAAAAGAGAUAACCGUCCCGCGCCUCACGCUCUCUUAGCUGCUUCUACUCACAUCGCCGUGUGGAAAAACCGAAAAAGACUUGUGUGUCCGCUUUCUCACAUCCAUAUCGCGGUGGAGUUCAGAUCCCCGGCUGGCAGCAGGACUUGUCUCUGUAGUCUUUGCAUGGCUCGGACUGGAGCUCCACGGCCCGGCCAGACCUGCGUGAAAGAGUGGAAGGAGGAGGAGGAGGAGGAGGAAGAGGAGUGGGAUCUGGACUGGCUUCUCUAACACCAAACGCUAGGUGUUCUGUGUUGUUUGGUCUCAAGCUCACCGCUCCUUCAUGCAGCACCACUUUUGAAAGACACAACAACAACAAAAAAAAGAACUGUGCCAAACAGAACAUUGCAACUCUGACCCUGCAAAAGCAUGAGUAGUACUGAAACUACAUUUAUAUCUACUGCUACAUACAUGUCAAUGUUUUGUGGUUGCAUCGCGGCUUUUGCAGAGAAGAAAAAACAACACUAACAUUAAAAAAACAACAACAACAACCCCAGAGCUCUAAAUCAAGUCAAUUCUGCUUUCCUUUAAUCUCCCCAAGGGAAUCACGCCAUGGCUGGUAGCCUGAACCCCCCCCAAACCCCCCCCCGAAAGUAAAGCUGUUGGUUAUUGUUGCUUUAUUGUGGUUGAGACCUGCAGAGGGUGCGACAGCAGGUCUUCACUGUUGCCAUCCUCGUCUUCAGCGUGGCGCCUCCCACGGCCACGUGUCUCGGGACAAAGAGGGGAAGAACUCAGCAGGCCUCCCCGUUUUAGGAAAACACAUCGGGCUCACGAGAGGCGCGCUGAGGACGCACUCAGGAGGAGUGGGGCCGAAAUGGAUUCUGCGGGAGGGUCGCUCAGGAGCCUCCUCGAUCUCCAUGGAGAUCAGCCGGAGCAUCUGGCUGAGCAAAGGAGCGGCCGAGGGCAACGGCAGAAUGCAAACAUGUUCAUUUCUUUUUUCCUUCUGCUCUCAUUCUUUUGACAUUGUUUUGUAUUUUGUGUAUGAUAGCCUUUGGUGCCUCAAGCUUUUAUUCAUUCCUUUAUCCGAAAUGUUUAACUUUAUAUUGUAUUUUCAAUUAUUGGAAUGGGGUUUAUUUCAGGAGAGUAAGCUAUGUACGAACAAGUGAGGUGUCGUGAGAGUAUUGAAAAGACACUCGCUGUUUUUUAAAAGGAAUCAUUUUUAGACGAUAUGUGUUGAAAUAGCAGGGAGGUGACAGCUUCCAUCUCACCUGCCUCAGAUUUUAUGCUUUUGAAGAAGCUCGUGUUGUUUGCGUAAAACAUAUCCAACAAAAGAAACAUGCCACUUGUUCAUUCUGGACUUGUUGUAUGGGAUUAUAGUUGUACAGUCUUGUCGAUUCACUGCAUGUACGCAAUCAAUUACUUCUGGAUUUCUUAAAUAUUAAAAAACAGUAUUGAUUUGGGAAAGCGUUGGCCGCCCUGAGCAUUGUUUCAGCGCUGGGGCUCAUUCAGCUCAAACUAAGCACCAAAGUGUCAGGUCAUGUUGAACAGAACAAUCUCUGUGGCAUUACGCUGCUCUUUUACACCUCGUUUUUCCCGUAGAAAUAUAUAUAAAACAUGCAUUACAGUGCAAGAAAAGCAAAGUUUGACAGUUAAUCAGUUAACUUCCAUUAUUUCACCGUAGUCUAACUGGUCAUUUAUGUCACAUUCCAUAUCAAAUGGAGCAUGAAAUGCAGCAAUAGGUUUAUAUUUCAACGUAGAUUAUCCAUUUCAUAUUUCUUACUUUCAAAUUGCCAUUUGACAUAGUGGGUGCUAUGCAAGGGGAUAUUUGAUAUUCUUUUCAACAUUUUAAACCAGCUGAAAUGUUUUACCGGUAAGAAACACCAACAUUUUGUUGUGAUGUAGCAGCAACCACAGCGCAUACAGUUUCUGUUUGAUUGUACGGUUCUUCUCAUCGUUCUAAAGAGUGGAUGUACGUCUGUAUAGAUUAUAAUGUUGCUGUCUAACAGAAGGUCAACAACUGCUCUACCAAUGGCAUGAACUUCACCACAGGUUUGUUUGUUGUUGGUUUUACAAAUGUAACAAUUUAAAGUGUUUCUGUGCAUACAUUUGUGUAUUUCUCUCAAUAUUUUACUUGCAAGUCAUUAUUUAUUUUUUUAUAAUUUCCUAAAUGAAGGCAUUUUGGUUUUAAACAGCAUUCCUUUCAGUUGUUUUGGCUUUUGCUCUCAGUUUCCACAACGUCUCUCUCGAUAUUCUGAAGCAUUUUGGAUUAUCCGAAGACGUCACAUUUUCAUUUGCAUUGGUGCUGCAAAUGCACCGCUCUGGAGGAUGGUGGACAUUUAUAAAAAGAACCAGACCAGUGUGUAUUCACUGAGCAUUUAAUCCAGAUUAUAUGCCUUACAGUGGUUUGUCCACUUUUAUUUAAUUGUGUUUGUCAAAACGCCAUCUAAGACAACAGAGUAGGCCCGAGUGUUGACAGGCCCUGUGAUCACCAUCACAGCUUUUUCUCACGUUUCCUCUUCUCUCUUUCUCUCUUUGCAUUGAAUGUAGUUUGAUAUAUGUAUAGUGGAUUAUUAAUGUACUGUUAGUCUGUGUUCUCAUUUGACAAGAAGUGCAAUUUAUGCUUUGGUUAAUGUGUGCAGCAUCAAACGCAGCUGAACCGUCACGUCAUUGUGGUUUCUGAUAGCUCCAUUUGUUCAGUCGUGCUACCCUGUAUGCCACUGCCUGGUUUAUUUACCAGCAGACAAAGAAACAAAUGUAAACAAGGACCUUUCAUUAAAUCUCAAUUUUGGAUUGGUUGAAAUAUUUCCUCAAAUUCUGUCUCCUCUGUUUCAAAAGGUUAUUUCCAUUACUUAAUAUCUACUACAUUUUUGUCUUAUUUUUUAUUUGUGUUUUAAUUUCCAGACUUUGUCACAGUAUUUCUGUACAAGUUGCUGUACCUUUAGCAUGUGCAGCUAAGUUUUUGUGUUUUGUAUUUUUUUUAAUUCUGUUUUUAUUUGUUUGAUUGUUGAUUGUUUUUUUGUUAAGUAAAAAACAAAUUACUUCUGCUUAUCGCAGAUGUGCCAAAAUAUUAGUAUUAAGCAGAGUUCAGGUUAGGCUCCAAAAUGACUGCAUGCAACAAAAAAAAAACGUUUGUGGUUGUGUGAGUGGGUUGUGUGUCAUUGUUGCAGAAAGGCUUUGAGUCAAAGUCUUGCUCUCAAGAAAAACAAGCCUACACCCAAAGUCCACGCUUGAAUCAUCAACACCUCUUAGACUGCUGAAGGAUAAUUGAAAAAAUCCAACCCAUCUGCAUUAUUAGUGACCUGUAAUACACCGCAGCCUUACUGAAAUAGGGGUUUUGCCGCAUGCCCUCCGAGAUCAAACGCAGUUAACCUCAUGGCUCUCUGUUAAAAUGGCAUUUUUUUGGUUGUGGUAUUUGUUCACUUUGUUCUGUUUGUAUUCCUCAUUUUUUUACCCACUUGAUUGACAUUUCUUUAAAGACCCUGGUGUUCACAAGCUAUUAUAUUUCAAGAUGACCUUUCAUAUUACUGUACUGUUGGAGCCAAAUAAACAGUCUUUCAAUUACAUCAAA